UUCACGAUUGUUUCUCUCUCUUUCUCUCUCGAGGUAUAUUUCUCACGGCAUUUGUUUGCGCUGAAGUUCGUCUCCAACAAGACUUCUCUUUCUUUAUUUAUUCUACUGGCGGAUCAUUUCAAUUUCAAUUUUACCAAGUACUAAGUAUUUGAAAUCCUGAUAAAAUACAACGUAUAGGUAUCUUGAUCCGGAUUUGCUUGCGUAUACCUCGACGUAAAGGUUAUAAGUGCUUCCCGGGCGACGAUGAGGCGUACUGACAGCUUGAGUCCCGGACCAUGGAUUCCUUGCAUCAGGUUAGACUGCUGACAUGAAAAGUAUAACACAAGUUCCGGGUGACGUCGGGGGGAGUCUCUGUCGGAUACACUGGGGGAUGAUGAUCGGGUGUUGUUGUUUUUUGGAGCUUUGCUAAAGUGGUUGAGCUAUCAUGGGGUCCUUAAGUCUAAUAUGUCCUAUGUGCUGUGGGGAGACCUUUGACAAUUCAGAGUCCCUUAAAUACCAUCUACUUAGCGUGACGGACAACCUGUACUGUCCCGGUUGUUCGUUGAGGAUUGACUCCAUCACUGCCCUGAUUCAACAUCUGGAUGUUUGUGGAAAAGAAGAAGUAGAAGUGGCAGAGUUGCUGCAGCAACAGCAACAACAAGAAGAGCAACAGCAGUCAAAAGAACCGGAUGCCAAUGGUUUGGAGCGCAACAACGAUGACAAUGCAGCACAGGGUACCACCUUAGACAAUAGUUUAAAAAAUGAUGCAGUUAACGAAAGUUUUUUAGCUACUGUUGAUGCAGAAGGAUUCAUGAUGGUGGAGGGAAAGACUAUUCAUGUUGAUGAAAACGGGGAUAUACAAGUGGUGGACAAGGUUGUAAGUUCCAACGACGGAAUUUCAUCGAAUGAGUCGAGUUCUUAUUUAUUAAAUGAAAAUGAUGGUACACUCAUAGAUAUUACUGAAAAUAGUGAAAUACAAUUGCAAUUUGGAGGCUCCAGUUUAUCAGAUGUAAAAGAAGAACUUAGCCGAACAUCACAGGAUUCAGAACCGCAAAAACUAUUUAUUUGCAACACCUGUGGUAUGAGUUUUUAUGACCCAGAGGAUCAUAUGGACAAAUAUCAUGGUGGUCAAAAGUACGAAGAAGUAAAACCUGAUCAAGAUGAAAUAAUACUACCUACCACAACAAUAGCUGAUAAUGUCACUUCUACUGUAAAUACACCUGUUAUAUCUUCUAUUGCUACCAGUAGACCAUCGAGAGCUGCCAAAAGAAAGCUGGCACAAAAACAACCUUUAAACACUUUAAAAACUGAAGAAUGCAUUGAUAAAGAUGGGAGACGAUAUACGAGAAAAGUUGUCAAAAUUGAAAGAUUUUGGGACAGGACACCUAUUACUUUGUCCACAACUAAAGCUCCCAUGAUUGAAAAAUUUUUUUCCAACGUUGAAGGCGUCAAGGUAAAAGACAAAAGCGUGAUGGUUGCUCCCACGAAAAUGUACAGAUGCAACCAGUGUUUGGAGCAGUUUCGAAAAUUAAGCGAUUUUCGAAUUCACAUAUGUUUACGAGGAACAAAUCAAUGCGAUCAUUGUGACCAAACUUUCGCUACUCAAAAGGCGUUGCUUAAUCAUCUUCAAACGCACGACAACAAUGACAUUGCUCAGAACUCUCAGAUGAAUUUUGUGUGUAAUAUUUGUGGUACCGAAUUUACCACACAUAAGAGUCUUAGAUUACAUUCACGAAUGCACGAUCCCGUCAAAUCACGUCACGUUGACGCACCUGAAGGCACAGACGAGGAUACAUUCAAAUGCGAUGAGUGCGAUGCGACGCUCUCUGUAUCUUACAGAACAGCUCAUAUGGCCUUGCACGAUGGUAUUUCGGUUACAUGUACCAUAUGCAAUCGCAAGUUUGAUUCGCCAGAAAGUUUAGUGAUGCACGCGGCUGUACAUGUCGAAUCCACUUCUGCUCAGGCAAUCUCUACAACCACGAUAGCGACAGAGCUUUUCAACGCUGCUACUAAAAAUUCCAUUGAUCCGAUUCUUGCGAAUGCAGGUGUCAGUGGACCCCUUGUCAGCGGUCCAACCAUAGCUGCAGUAGUCGAAGCCGCAGUAGCUGCCGAUGAUGCUGAGGCCUCUAAGGAGAAGCCGUACAUGUGUCAACAUUGCGGCCGUCGAUUCAGCAGACCACAUGAGAAAGUUAAGCACGAGAGGAUACACACUGGCGAGAAACCUCACGUCUGCGAGGUUUGUGGCAAAAAAUUCAGAGUCUCUUAUUGUCUAACGCUGCACAUGCGAACGCACACGGGAGUACGGCCUUACCAAUGCCAGCACUGUGGCAAACGUUUCAAAGCCUCAUCGGUAUAUAAUCACCAUUUGUUGACUCACGGCGACAAGCGCGCUUACACCUGUCCUUAUUGCCCCAAGACUUUUAAAACAAGGGUACAGUUAGCAGGUCNUAUAUUUAUUUUACAUGAUCUUAUAUUUUACAAGUUUAUAUAA